AUGGACAAGAGAAGCAGUGAGCUUGCUAUGGACGAACAGCCAACCGUACAAACUGGGAACGAGACACACCCCAACGAGAAUCUGGACAUGGAAAGUCAGCAAGAUAAGGAAAGGGCCGAUUUUCGUCAUGUCCCAUGGCCGAUCAACAAAAACACCAAAAACCGCGAAGAAGAAGAAUCUUGCCAUCCUUCCGCGCAGGAUGGAAAAGAGCAGACCGACAGGAAUAAGGUGAAACGCGCUGAGGACCAUCGCUUUGAGUGUACGGAAUGUAGCUACACGACAACCAAAAAGGAUAAAUUCGUGAGGCACACGCGGACACAUACCGGGGAGAAACCCUUUAAGUGUGACAGGUGCGACUAUUCUGCUGCAGAAAAAAGUACUUUUAAAUAUCACAUGGCUCAACACACAGGCGAAAAACCGUACAAGUGUGGAGAGUGCGAAUACAGGACGGCUAUGAAGUCUCACCUAUCGGAACAUAUGAGAAGACACACGGGCGAGAAACCCUACAAGUGUGACCAGUGCGAUUAUUCUGGCGCAUCAAAAAGCAACCUGGAUCAGCACAUGGCUAAACACGCGGAAGAAAAACGGUACGUGUGCGGAGAAUGCGGAUUCAGGACGGCCGCCAAGUCUUCUUUAACCAGACAUAUGAGAACACAUACAGUUGUGAAACCUUAUAGGUGUGACCAGUGCGACUAUUCUACUGCAUGGAAAGGUAAUUUAGACGGACACGUGGUUCAACACACCGGAGAGAAACCCUACGUGUGCGGUGAGUGCGGAUACAGGACGGCUGUCAGGUCUCACCUAACCGUACAUAUGAGAAAACAUACAGAAUUGGACGAGAGAAGCUGUGACAUUGCUAUGGACGAACAGCAAGCCGUACAAACUAGGAAGGAGGCAAGCACCAACCAGAAUUUGGACACUGAAAGGCAGCAGGACAAAGAAGGGGAGGACUUUCGUCAUAUCCCAUGGCCGAUCAACAAAAACACAAAAAAACGUGGACGAGAAGAAGAAUCUUGUCAUCCUUCCGCACAGGGUGGAAAAGAGCAGACCGAUAGGAUUAAGGUGAAACGUACCGAGGACCAUCGCUUCGAGUGUACGGAAUGUGACUUCACGACAACCAAAAAGGAUACAUUCGUGAUACACACUCGGAGACAUACCGUCGAGAAACCCUAUAAAUGUGACAGGUGCGACUAUUCCACUGCAGGAAAAAGUACUUUUAGAUAUCACAUGGCUCAACACACGGGUGAGAAACCCUACAUGUGUGGUGAGUGCGGAUACAGAACGGCUAUGAAGUCUCACCUAUCGGAACAUAUGAGGAGACACACGGGCGAAAAACCCUACAAGUGUGAGCAGUGCGAUUAUUCUGGCGCAUCAAAAAGCAACCUAGAUCAGCACAUGGUUAAACACGCAGACAAACGGUACGUGUGCGGAGAGUGCGGAUUCAGGACGGCCGCCAAGUCUUCCUUAAAAGUACAUAUGAGAAGACACACAGGUGUGAAACUUUUACAGUGUGACCAGUGCGACUAUGCUGCAACACGAAAAAGAAAUUUUAACUAUCACAUGGCUCAACACACCGGCGAAAAACCGUACAAGUGUGGAGAGUGUGAAUACAGGACGGCUAUCAAGUCUCACCUAACGGAACAUAUGAGAAGACACAAGGGCGAGAAGCCCUACAAGUGUGACCAGUGCGAUUAUUCUGGCGCAUCAAAAAGCAACCUGGAUCAGCACAUGGCUAAACACGCCGAAGACAAACGGUACGUGUGCGGAGAGUGCGAAUUCAGGACGGCCGCCAAGUCUUCCUUAAAAGUACAUAUGAGAACACAUACAGGUGUGAAACCUUAUAAGUGUGACCAGUGCGGUUAUUCUGCUGCGAGGAAAAGCCAAGUAGACCGACACAUGACUACACACAGCGGAGAAAAACCCUACAUGUGUGGAGAGUGUGGAUACAGGACGGCUGACAGGUCUUAUUUAACCGUACAUAUGAGAUCACACACAGGUGAGAAACCUUACAAGUGUGACCAGUGCGACUAUUCUGCUGCAGUGAAAAGCAAUUUAAACCAACACAUGGCUCAACACACCGAAGAGAAACCCUACAUGUGCGGUGAGUGCGGAUACAGGUCGGCUGACACGUCGGGCCUAACCGUACAUAUGAGGAAACAUACAGAAAUGGACGAGAGAAGCUGUGACAUUGCUAUGAACGAACAGCAAGCCGUACAAACUAGGAAGGAGACAAGCAUCAACCAAAAUUUGGACACUGAAAGGCAGCAGGACAAAGAAGGGGAGGACUUUCGUCAUACCCCAUGGCCGAUCAACAAAAACACAAAAAAACGGGGACGAGAAGAAUCUCCCGCACAGGGUGGAAAAGAGCAGACUGACAGGAGUAAGGUGAAACGUACUGAGGACCAUCGCUUCGAGUGCGAAAAACCGUACAAGUGUGGAGAGUGCGAAUACAGGACUGCUAUGAAGUCUCACCUAACGGAACAUAUGAGAAGACACAAGGGCGAAAAACCCUACAAGUGUGACCAGUGCGAUUAUUCUGGCGCAUCAAAAAGCAACCUGGAAAUGGAUGGAGGAAGCAGUCGGACUGCUAUGAACGAUCAGCCAACUGUACACCCUGGGGACGAGACAAACAGCAUCGAGACAUCAGACACGGGAAGGCAGCAGGACGAGGAAGGGGACAACCCAUGCGGAGCAAAUGGCGGAGUAGAAUCUGACAAUCCUCCCUCACAGAGUCGAACAGACCAGACGGACAGGUUUGCGGUGAAACGUACUGUGGAUAAACGCUUUGCUUGUACUGAAUGUGACUAUAGAACAGCCUCAAAGGCUGAUCUAUUAAAGCAUACAAGAAAACAUACUGGAGAGAAACCCUUUAAAUGUGACCAGUGUGACUAUUCUGCGACACAGAAAUGCAAUUUAGACAGUCACAUGGCUAGACACUCCGGAGAGAAACCCUACAUGUGUGGAGAGUGCGGAUACAGGACGGCUGUCAGGUCUCACCUAACCGAACAUAUGAGAAGACAUACAGGCGAGAAACCCUACAAGUGUGACCAGUGCGACUAUUCUUCUGCACGGAAAUCUGAUUUGGAUCGACACGUGGCUAAACACACCGGCGAAAAACCCUUCAUGUGUGGAGAGUGUGGAUACAGGACGGCUGAUAGGUCUUCCUUAGCCGUACAUAUGAGAACACAUACAGGCGUAAAACCUUAUGAAUGUGACCAGUGCGACUAUUCUGCUGCAAAGAAAAGCUAUUUGUACCGACACAUGGCUACACACACCGGAGAAAAACCCUUCAUGUGUGGAGAGUGUGGAUACAGGACUGCUCGCAGGUCUCACCUAUCCCUACAUAUGAUGAAACAUACAGGUGAGAAACCAUACAAAUGUGACCAAUGUGACUAUUCUGCUACGGACAAAAGGUAUCUAACGAAACACUUGGUCAAACACACUUGUAAAAUGGACCAGAGAAGCAGCGAGGUUGCUGUGGAUGAUCACCCAGCUGUACCCUUUCGAAACGAAACAGGCAGCAGCGAGAAAUUAGACACGAGAAGACAGCAGAGCAAGGAAGGGGGCAUUCCUUGCGAGGUAAAGUGCGAAGAAGAAUCCGACCAUCCUCCAGCACAGGGUGUAACAGAGCACACGGACGGGCUUGCGAUGAAAGAUCUUGCCAAUCACGCCGGAAACAAACCAUUUAUGUGUGGACAGUGCGGAUACUCCACUAAUAACAGGUCCCGCCUAGCCGAGCAUAUAAGAUCACAUACAGGUGUGAAGCCUUAUAAAUGUGAUUAUUGCGACUAUUCUACCGCACAAAAGUCUCACUUAACCGAGCAUAUGCGGAGACACACUGGCGAGAAACCCUACAAGUGUGACCAGUGUGAUUAUUCUGGUGCAUCAAAAAGCAACCUGGGUCAACACAUGGCUAAACACGCCGAAGACAAACGGUACGUGUGUGGAGAGUGCGGAUUCAGGACGACUGCCAAGUCUUCCUUAAAGGUACAUAUGAGAAGACAUACAGGUGUGAAACCUUAUAAGUGUGACCAGUGCGACUAUUCUGCUGCACAGAAAAGCAAUUUAGACCGACACAAGGCUAAACACACCGGAGAAAAACCCUACAAGUGUGACCGAUGCGACUAUUCUGCUGCACAUAAAAUCGCUUUAGACCGACACAAGGCUAGACACACCGGAGAAAAACCCUACUUGUGUGUAGAGUGCGGAUUCAGGACGGCUAACAGAUCUUACCUGAGCGUACAUAUGAGAAAACAUACAGAAAUGGACGAGAGAAGCUGUGACAUUGCUAUGGACGAACAGCAAGCCGUACAAACUAGGAAGGAGACAAGCAUCAACCAAAAUUUGGACACUGAAAGGCAGCAGGACAAAGAAGGGGAGGACUUUCGUCAUAUCCCAUGGCCGAUCAACAAAAACACCAAAAAACGUGGACGAGAAGAAUCUUCUUCUCAUCCUUCCGCACAGGAUCGAAAAGAGCAGAUCGACAGGGUGAAGGUGAAACGUACCGAGGACCAUCACUUCGAGUGUACGGAAUGUGACUUCACGACAGCCAAAAAGGAUAAAUUCGUGAGACACACUCGGAGACAUACCGGCGAGAAACCCUUUAAGUGUGACAGGUGCGACUAUUCUGCUGCAGAAAAAAGUACUUUUAAAUAUCACAUGGCUCAACACACAGGCGAAAAACCGUACAAGUGUGGAGAGUGCGAAUACAGGACUGCUAUGAAGUCUCACCUAACGGAACAUAUGAGAAGACACAAGGGCGAGAAACCCUACAAGUGUGACCAGUGCGAUUAUUCUGGAGCAUCAAAAAGCAACCUGGGUCAGCACAUGGCUAAACACGCCGAAGACAAACGGUACGUGUGUGAAGAGUGCGGAUUCAGGACGGCUGCCAAGUCUUCCUUAAAAGUACAUAUGAGAACGCACACAAAACCCUACAUGUGUGGUGAGUGCGGAUACCGUGCGGCUUUAUGGUCCAGCCUCUCGCAACAUAUGUUAAUGCAUACUGGUGAGAAACUGUAUAAGUGUGACCAGUGCGACUAUUCUGCUUUAUGGAAAGGCAAUGUAGACCAGCACAUGGCUACAGCACAUGGCAGAACCCAACAUGUAGAGAGUACACAACCGCCCGCAUGUCUCAACUAAUUGAUCACAGUAGAAUCCAUACAGGCGCGAAACCUUAUAAUUGUAAUCAGUGCGGAUACUCAACGGCAUUAGAGGACGUUCUAGACCGACACAUGGCUAAACACACCGGAGAGAAGCCCCACAUGUGUGGGGAGUGCGGAUACAAAACUUCGUACAGGUCAUAUCAAGGCAUAUGAGGACACAUACAAAUGUGACUAUUCUGCUGCAGUUAAAGGCUUUUUUUUUAGACAGACACAUGGCUAAACACACCGGAGACAAGCCCGACAUGUGUUGAGAGUGCGGAUACAGGACAGCUCAAAGGUUGUACCCAUCCCGACACACUAGUAUGUGGAGAGAUACUGGCGAGAAAUUCUACAAAUGUGACCAACGCAACUUGUCUGCUACAACAAAAAACUUUGGAACCAACACCUGGUCAAACGCACUUCUUAGGGAUACAGUUGACAGUUGCUGAUACAGGGCAGUUGACAAGUCUAACAUAUCCUGACAUUUGCAAAAUACAGUUGAAAAGUUGAACGUGAUUUGUGCGACUAUUCUCGAAAAAUUAGUUGGACCUCAACUUAUGAUGCAAGCAAACGAUUGAAAAAUGGGCAAAUAGACCGCCAAAAUACCCUACAUGUGUGACGAGGGCGGAUUCCCUGGAUAGAACUUUCAUUUAGUGGCAUAACUAGAGGCUAUAAUGCUGUCUAUUAGGAUCCGCUAUAUUCUAAAUCAUUGUCGAUAUACUACGCACUAGGGGUGGGGACCGGUACAGAAAAUUCAGAUACAGGUACGGUCCAGGUGAAGAGGAUCUUUGUGUAAACAACACCAAUGCCUCUGUUAACUUAGGCCAAGUUUGACUGUAGAAACUUGGUAAAAUGACUAUCAACACUCCUUUACUUUACUCUUGUUAUUUUCUUAGGGAAAGCUGAUUUUUCAGGUCCGGUUUUUCGGACCGGUUGAACAAGAAAAAACGGUUUUUGUACCGGUACCCACCCCUACUAUGCACUGUGAGAUUUACCACUGCCUUUCCAUUUAGGCCCCCAGCAUUGCGAACGCCCAUUGUAUAUACCAUAUCUAUUAACUAAUUCCCUUGAAUGUUACUAUUGCAAAUAUAGAUAUUGCAUGUCAAAAUCUGAUGACAAUUACCUAUAUAAAACUAUGUAUUACUUCUGUAAGAAAGAAUUGAUACUGAUAUCUUUAUCUGAAAAUAUAGGUUUACUUAAAGCUAGCCAAACGUCAAUAUAUUAAACACAAUGUGAUUGACUUUUUUACUAUAUUUCGCUGUUACAUAUUAGCAAAACGCUUAUACGUUAUAUUUAGUUCAAACACUUUUAUCAGAGCAA